ACGGCCAGCGCCCAGUUCGCUCAGCACCUUCCGUCUUCCAGUCUCAUCCACCAACCCCUCCCUCUCCCACGACCCGCAGCAUGGUGCUGAUCCGCCGCCGCAACCUGCUCCAGGGCGUUGCCCUGGCUGGCCUUCUGAGCUCGGCCGCCGCCAAGGCCCUGGGCAGUCUCCCAGACUCGUACUGGCCCUCGCCGUCGUUCGAGGUCAGCGACGUUGUCAGCAACCUGGUCGACCAGCCGCUGGACCUGGGAGCGCUGCAGUCCACGGCCGUGGAUAUCCUGACCAAGAAGCUCGGCGUCAGCCAGAGCCAGUUUGCCAUCACCACCUCCUUCCAGGAUGACCACAACGGCAUCUACCACCUGCACGUCCAGCAGCUGAUCGGCGGGCAGCCCAUCGCCAACGCCGUCGCCAACAUCAACCUCGACAGCAACGGCAACCUGCUCUCGAUCGGCUCGACCUUUGCCAAGGUCGACAGCUCGCUCACCAAGCGCGGCCUCGAGCCUCGUGCCGCCAAAAUCUCGGCCAAGAAGGCCCUGACCAACUUCCUGACCAAGGCCAAGAUCAAGUUCACCGCCAGCAAGCUCAAGGAGACCGUCAAGGACAACACAACCUCGGUCAUCGACGGCGCCCAGGACUUUGCCCAGCUCCCCAUCACGGCCUCGCUGCAGUACUACCAGGGCCCCUCGGGUGUCUCGCAGGUCUGGAACAUCAACGUCUAUACCAAGGGCGGCGACGACUGGUUCGAUGCCUUUGUCGACAGCCAGACCGGCGAGGUCGUUGCCGUCGCCAACUGGGUCAACAAGUUUAGCCAGGCCGGGCCCAGCACUACCUACAACGUUAUCCCCUUCAACUACGGCGACAUCUCGCAAACCCCCCAGACGCCGGUCGCCAACCCCGCCGACCAGGACAUCUCGCCUCUCGGCUGGCACGACGACGGCAGCGGUGCCAACCCCACCACCAAGGGCAACAACGUCCAUGCCCAGGAGAACUGGAAGAACUAUCCCAAGGGCCAAGACGAGGCCCAGGGCACCCGCCCCACCGUCGGCAGCGACUACAACUUCAACUUCAAGUACGACACCACCCAGGACCCCAAGAGCAACGUCAACGCCGCCAUCACGCAGCUGUUCUACAUGAACAACAUGGCCCACGAUAUCUUUUACCGAUACGGCUUCAACGAGGCCAGCGGCAACUUCCAGACCAACAACUUUGGCAAAGGCGGCCAGGGCGGCGACUAUGUGAUUGCCAAUGCCCAGGAUGGCAGCGGCACCAACAACGCCAACUUUGCCACUCCCCCCGAUGGACAGAACGGCCGCAUGCGCAUGUACAUCUUCACCGCCACCACCCCCAACCGCGACGGCACCAUGGACAACAUGAUCAUCACCCACGAGUUUGGCCACGGCGUCUCGAACCGUCUCACUGGUGGCUCGGCCCAGGCCAACUGUCUCAGCACCACCACCGCCGGCGGUCUCGGCGAAGGCUGGAGUGACUUCUUUGCCAACAUCUUUGAGCUCAAGCCCACCUACAACCGAAACACCCCGAUCUACGCUGCUCCUUACACCGUCGGCAACCCCAAGGGCAUCCGCCACUACCCGUACACCUCCGACAUGACCCUCAACCCCGAGACCUAUGCCACCGUCGCAAAGUCGUCCGAGGUCCACAACGUUGGCGAGAUCUGGACGCAGAUGCUGAUGGAGGUGGCCUGGAACCUCAUCGAAAAGUACGGCUUCGAGCCCGACAUCCAGAACUCCAAGAGCGGCAAGGGCAACAACAUUGCUCUCCAGCUGGUCAUCGACGGCCUCAAGCUGCAGCCUUGCAACCCCGACUUUGUGAGUGCCCGCAACGCCAUCAUCCAGGCCGACCAGCAGAACAACAACGGCGCCAAUCUGUGUGAGAUCUGGACUGGCUUUGCCAAGCGCGGCCUCGGCUACAGCGCCAAGGCAGGAUCGUAUGUCGAUGCCAAGGACCUCCCUCCUGCUUGUGCUGGUCCAAGGUCCUCCAGCACAACUACUGUCGCCCCUACCACCACUACGCCCAGAGCUACGACCACCAGUGCCACCACCACCGCCGCCUCUUCCACUUCGGUUGUUCCUACCACGACCACCACCACGCUCAGAAUCACGACCACCACCAGUGUUCCUCCCAAAACCACCACCACCGUUCCUCCCAAAACCACCACCACCACCACCUCAAAGCCCUCUCCCACUCCUGGCUACCCCAAGGCCGGAUCUCCUUGCAGCACCUUUGGCGGCUAUUCCUGCGGUGCUGACAACGAUAUUCUCGUCUGUGUCGGAAACUGGGUUUCUAUCGGAACUUGCGCCAACGGCAGCAAAUGCUUGCCCAACGUCUUUGUUUGCGGCAACUAAGCACUGCCACGAUAAUGCUCCUCAACAGGUUGCCUUGGCGUGUUAUAUCCAGAAAGGCAUCUCACCUUCCCACCCUUCCCUCAUUCCCUGCCCCUCUCGUGACCCCAUGGCCCGCUUUCCAGUGUUCACGAUCGCUGCUGAUGCAGUAACCGUUGCGACUCGGCUUCCUUGGCAGAGCUUUGGCGCUUUUAAACGUGGUGCGCCUCCUCUUGCCUUCUCCUUUAUCGGUGUUAUCUAUGCUGCUCGGUUUGAGGCUAUGGUCUCUAAUGUAUCGACAUGGUAUGAUAUUGUAAUAUGAUUCCUGUGAUCGUCCGACAUUGCACUUUGAUAA